GGGCGGAGUCAUUGCGCGUAGGUGCGGCGAGCAGUCAGCAGCUAUUCGUUGACGUUGGGGGAAAAAUUCAGAUUUCACGUUAGCAACGCAAAACAUCUGGUCCAGACAGGGAUUGAAGCGGCGUCACGGAACCGUAACGCAGUUAGAAGAGCUAAGUAUUUGUCCGGGCCACGUCGCAGGACGGACACUUAGAGAGUAUCGCAGUCAUAAUUUGUAUUUACAUAACCAGCUUGUUCGCGGCGGGGAGCGCCCGGUGAACCACCGUGUCCCGCGGUCGCCAGCAGCAGCAACUCUCUCGAACCACAGGCCAGUGAAUGACUCCGUUGUUUAGCUACACUUCAGCAAUGUUUGUAAAGUGCGAAGCUGCCAGAGUUUAGUACAUGUAUAUUUAUCCAGGCUUUUUUCACCAUUCAGAAAAACAAGUUAUACAACGAGCCAGGCUCCAGCUCGGGCAUCCGGGUCUUAACGCCCGCCGGUUUCGCUCUCACGCUGCCGCAGAGCGCGCGCUGCCCCGUGCCCAAAUGGUUCAGCAGCCAUCGGUUUCUAAAUUCUUCGACAUUAUGGAAAAGGUUUUAUUAGAGCAAGGCUAAUAGAAGAGACGGACUGCAUCACCAGGAGCUGACGAUUGUAUGCUACAGCAGCAUACAGGGACUUGACUUCAUAACAUUUGGAUUCACUCUUCUGGCUUUUCCCUCCCGGACUCAACAACUGCACGACUUUGCGAUCGAGUUGCAUCAAAAGUGGAGUGAUCUGAAAGAAAGACUUGAUAUCGUUUAAAAAAGGACUCGCCCACUUGAGUAAUGGUCAUUAAUACGAUCCACUGGUUCAGGAAGGGCUUGCGGCUCCACGACAACCCGUCGCUCAAGGAAUCUCUGCUGGGAGCGGAUACCGUCCGCUGCGUCUACAUCCUCGACCCCUGGUUCGCGGGAUCUUCCAACGUUGGCAUCAACAGGUGGAGGUUCUUACUGCAGAGUCUCGAGGACCUGGACUCCAGCCUCCGUAAGCUCAACUCCCGCCUGUUCGUGAUACGAGGCCAACCCACUGAUGUCUUUCCUCGACUCUUCAAGGAAUGGAAGAUCACGCGCCUGUCGUACGAGUACGACUCCGAGCCCUUUGGCAAGGAGCGAGAUGCUGCCAUUAAGAAGCUGGCCUCUGAGGCCGGGGUGGAGGUGACGGUCCGCAUCUCCCACACACUCUAUGACCUGGACAAGAUCAUAGAGUUGAACGGGGGCCAGUCUCCCCUCACCUACAAGCGGUUCCAGACCCUCAUCAGCCACAUGGACGCGGUGGAGAUGCCUGCAGAGUCCAUCACAGCCGACGUCAUGGGGAAGUGCACCACGCCCCUGUCUGACGACCACGAUGACAAGUUCGGGGUCCCAUCCUUGGAGGAGCUGGGUUUUGACACCGAAGGCUUGUCCUCGGCCGUGUGGCCGGGCGGGGAGACCGAAGCCCUCACGCGCCUCGAGAGGCAUCUGGAGAGGAAGGCGUGGGUGGCCAACUUCGAGCGUCCCAGAAUGAACGCCAACUCGCUGCUGGCCAGUCCCACCGGCCUCAGCCCGUACCUGCGCUUCGGCUGCCUCUCCUGUCGCCUCUUCUACUUCAAGCUCACCGACCUCUACAGGAAGGUGAAGAAGAACAGCUCCCCCCCUCUGUCGCUCUACGGCCAGCUGCUGUGGCGCGAGUUUUUCUACACGGCGGCCACCAACAACCCCUGCUUCGACAAGAUGGAGAGCAACCCCAUUUGCGUUCAGAUCCCCUGGGACCGCAACCCCGAGGCGCUCGCCAAGUGGGCCGAGGGCCGGAGCGGCUUCCCCUGGAUCGACGCCAUCAUGACCCAGCUGAGGCAGGAGGGCUGGAUCCACCACCUGGCCCGGCACGCCGUGGCCUGUUUCCUGACCCGGGGGGACCUGUGGAUCAGCUGGGAGGAGGGCAUGAAGGUGUUUGAGGAGCUGCUGCUGGACGCGGACUGGAGCGUCAACGCCGGCAGCUGGAUGUGGCUCUCCUGCAGCUCUUUCUUCCAGCAGUUCUUUCACUGCUACUGCCCUGUGGGUUUUGGCCGACGCACAGAUCCCAACGGAGACUACAUACGGCGCUACCUUCCCAUUCUGAGGGGAUUUCCAGCCAAGUACAUUUACGAACCCUGGAAUGCUCCAGAGAACGUGCAGAAGGCGGCUAAAUGCAUCAUCGGUGUGCAUUACCCCAAGCCCAUGGUGCACCACGCGGAGGCCAGCCGCCUCAACAUCGAGCGCAUGAAGCAGAUCUACCAGCAGCUCUCCUGUUACAGGGGCCUCGGCCUGUUGGCCAUGGUGCCGUCCAGCUCCACGGCCAACGCGAGCGGUAAAGGCAGCGGGAACGGUACCAGCGAGGCGCCUGCAGACAUGAUGGCGUUCCCCGGCGAGGCUUCACACAGCGCGCCAGCGUCUGGCUAUCAGAUGCCGGUUCACUCCCAGGGAGACUGGCAAAGUGGAGUCAUGAUGUACCUGCAAGGGGAUCCACAGCCGACCGUGGACACGCGGCAGCAGGGCUAUGUAGCUGCUGGUUCCAGUUUGAUGUGUUACACCCAAGGCACUCAGCAGAUUCCAGCACCUCUGGUUCAAAAGGGGCCUGAGCACCACUCCACCACUCAGACCAGUGGCAAGCGGCACAGCGAGGACUCUGGGAACGGCAAAGGCUCCAAAAUGCAGAGACAGAGUAGCCACUAAAAAGACGGGUGUACAGCCAGCACGGAGUGGACGCUAAGACAUAACAUGUUUGUUAGAGCACUACAACCUUGCAUGAACACACCUUCAGAAGGAGCAUCUGAACCCGUCCUUAAACGCAUCGACAAGUUAAACGUUUCUCUCAGUAAUCGGACUGUAUAUUAUUCUCAUGUGGACUCCAAGGCCCGGCCGGUGCUGACAUCACUGGAGAGGCUGUUACACUGUGCUUAUCUUUGGGUUAAUAUUGCUGGGAUGAAAAUCCUUUUGUAUAUAGAAUUUCCUAAUUUCAGCUCACAUACAACUUGUACAUAUUUGGAUAUUGUAUGUGUCUUUUCUCUUUGUGUAGCCAUAGAGCCAUUGAUAUAUUUUUGAUAUGAGAAAUCAUUGUGGAUACAUUUUUGUUUUUCUUUCAUUUAUUUCUCAAAAAAUUUCAAUAAAAUUGAAAAGAUUUAGACCGUCCAUUCCAAAACAAACAAGGUGGGAAAUCCUCCGCUGACGCAGCCCCCGUCCCCUCUGCUCGUCACCUCCCCAGUCUCCUUUCUGAGCCAUCCCAUGCUUUCGUCAUCAAGAAACAAGUGUUUUGAUCCUUUUAUAUGUCAGUACUUGUUUGAUUCUGUACAACUGUAUAGGCCAUAUCGGCAUGACAUCAGCUGUCAGCCUAUUUCCCUCGUCGAUGGCAUUGGAGGAAAGGUGUGAGGAGAACGGUUUUCAUAUCACUGUGUUCCUCCUGUACAAUAUUAACACGUACCCUGAGAGAACUGCUUCACUUGCUCCUCGUUUCCUGUCAGUGUGCUUGUUUAAUAAAACCUUGGUUAAACAUG